ACUUUAAACCCCCGAAUUCUCGAGUGAAGUCGCAUAAGGGGACAAUGGCCGGGAUAGCCCCCUCUUCCGAGAAUGACGCCUUACGCCCUCCGACAACCGGUCCGAUGGCCGAAGCCGAAGUUCGGUGAGUCACGAGUAAACAAGGAGUCACUGAGUCCAAAGGCAUAAAAGCACCCACAAGUCCCGCCCUCACCAUGGACCUAAACUCAGCCUACACCCCGGCCCAAGUGGCCGAAUACCUCGCCCACAUCGGCCUCCCGCCCUCCUUCCACCCCUCGGCCAACCCAACCCUCGACCUGGCCUACCUCACCGCCCUCUUCACCCACCAGCUGACCACCAUCCCCUACGACAACCUCUCCAUCCACUACUCCCCGCAGCACGCCAUCACGCUCGACCCGCAGGCCCUCUUCACCAAGAUGGUCACGUCCCGCCGCGGCCGCGGCGGCUACUGCAUGGAGAACUCCAUCCUGUUCAACCACAUGCUGCGGGCCAUCGGGUUCGACGCCUACCUGUCCGGCGUGCGCAUCCGCCCCCGCGUCGGCGGCGUGCCGCAGGGGGAUUCCUACACCGGCUGGGUGCACCUGGUGAAUAUCGUGGCGGUGGCGGGGCAGCCGGUGCGGUUCGCGCUGGAUGUGGGGUUUGGUGGGGAUGGUAUGACCCGGCCGAUGCCGCUGGUGGAAGGGGUGGUGCAUCAUAAUUCGAUUGGCACGCAGGAGGUCAGGUUUGGGAGACGGUUUAUUCCGAAUCAGAGGUUUAGGGGGGAGGGGGCGGAGAAGAUGUGGGUGUAUGAGGUGAGGAAUGGGGCCGAGAAGGAGUGGGUGCCGUUUUUUGCGUUUCAUGAUCGGUUUGAGUUUACGGAGGCGGAUUUUGGGAAUAUCAACUGGUAUACGUCGCAGGCGAGUGAGAGUCAUCAGACGUGGACGACGUUGGCGAUUCGGUUUUUGAGGGGAGUUGCUGAGGAUGGUACGGCGAGGGUGGUUGGGAAGGUCAUGAUGGCGGAGGGGGUCAUCAAGGAGAAUCUGACGGGGAAGACGCGGUUAGUCAAGGUGUGUAAGACCGAGGAGGAGAGGGUGGCGGCGUUGGCGGAUCUGUUUGGGAUUCACCUGACGCCAGAGGAGGUUGUGAGUAUAAAGGGGCGGCGGGCCGAGUUGGUGGGUGAUGUUUAGAGACGUAGGCGGUGACUGAGGAAAUAGAGGGAGAAGAAAACCUUCGGGUUUAUUUUCAUGUGUCACAUUCAGGUUCCGGCUGGACUACCUACCACCUUCUUCGUCAGAGUUGGGAUGGCGGACGGGAGAUGAGCGAGUGAUAGGAAGGAACCGGACCAGAGAGGGAGAGAGUGAGGGCCUUUG